UGUUCAUGAUGCUCAUUGUGCCUUUGUUCAUGGUCGUUUGUGCUGUGCUGUGGAUCAAAACAGUGGUUGAAAUAGUGGAGUGAGGCCAGUGGAUGGAGAGGGUAUACAGCCUGCAGACGAUACUUGUAGCAAGCUGAUAGAAUUUUAAUACUAGCAAUUCUCCCGAUCAAGCUCAGGUUUCUUGCCUCGCCACUAGCUAGCGGUCGAGUAAUUAAUUGCUGCUAUUUCGGUACCUCGUGCGCUUGGCGAUCGAUAUUAUUAAUUUUUGGAAUUACAGACAUCGUUUCGGAAUGACACGCUUCAGUUCCCAGUUGACCCUCCUGGUCACAUGUAUCCACUUGUUACUAUGGGCACGUCUAUCUAGUGUUACAGCGCAAGAUGGGCAAAGCGAUCAUAUUACAGAGGUGAAAGUGGAGCAGCGAUCACUUACAUCAGGUUUAUGUAGUCAAACAAAGAGAUCAAAACCAGGAGACGUCAUUUCCUAUCAUUACUGUGGACGAUUGACGAAUGGACAUGAAUUUGAUUGCAGCUUCAACUACGGUCAGCCAUAUGUCUUCACCAUUGGUUCAGGCCAGGUCAUCAAAGGAAUGGAUGUAGGUCUGACCGGUGUGUGCGUUGGAGAUGCACUCAAGGUCACUAUCCCGUCGCAUCUAGCCUAUGGAACUAGAGGCACAAAGGGCAUUCCGGGAAAUUCCGUCUUGAUCUUUUACGUGAAAGUCUUGCAGAUAGUCAGGGAUGGAGAGCCUCUGGAUGGCAGUACAAAUGUCUAUGCUCUACUUGCCACGGCAGCCUCGGCAUACCGACAGAAGGAGUGGAAUAGAACGGUUUCCAUUGUAGACAAGACCAUUGCCUUGUACGAGAAGGAAGAAACAGCUGAGCGUCAGUGUACUGCCAAAUGCCUCGGAGCUUCCCUUCUCUACCAGCCGCUUGAGUGGAGUACUAAUAUAUUCACUAUCAAUGACUGCUAUGCAACAUGUUUGUCAGAAAUCACCGGCCAUAACUUUGAUCAACCAUCGUCCGCUACAAAGAAACGUGACUUGAAACGCCGACUUGUCUAUGACUAUCUCCAGAUGUCAUACUUCAAGCUGGGCGAGGUGGAGAAAGCGGCAUCAGCUGCAUUGACGUAUCAUAGCUACAACCAGAAUGACUCGUCCAGUCAGCAUAACAUCAAGUACUACUUUGCACUGGAUGAAAUCAAGUCAAAGAGGAUUGCACUAAUGGAGGAUGUUCCAGUUUAUGUGUCCUUAUUUCACAAUGCCGUCAAGCUUUACAACGAUGCCCAGCAUGAAGAAGCUGCUGAGCAAUUUGAGAAAGUGAUUGGUGUGUACGAUGAGCAUAUUCGCGAGUGUUGGAAGCUCUGUUACACGAGUGAAGUGCUUGACAUUCCAAGAACGACUCAUGACCUGGCGUAUGAUGUCGUGGUGGCAUACAAGCGUGUUCUACGAUGUCAGCUAGAUUGCAAAGAGCAAUCUCAGAACCUUGGUACAUCAGUGUAUGCAGAUCUUCAUGCCAGACUCUAUGACUUCCUACAGUUCUCUUAUUACCAGACCGGUCAAGUGGAGAGAGCUGUGCGUGCAUCUGCCACCAUUGAUCUUUUGAACGCUGACAUUGCUCAAGGAUCUCUGGAGUUCUACAGGUCACUAAGUGGCAUCUCUUCUGAGAACUUUCAACCUCGCCCAGAGGCUCUUGCUAUUCACAAGGUCGACGCGGAGAAUGAAAAACUUCUUCUUGAGCUUGAGGCUGCCCUUCCCGACAACCCUCUAGAAGAUGACGGAGAACCUUUAGAUGCCGAAGCGUUAGCGGAGGGAAAGGGAAAGAAAAGCAACACUCUGGAUGUCAACCUCUUCUCCACUGAGACUGGCAAGCAACCUGUUGGUCCACCAGUUAGUCCAUUAGUGCCUGAAGCCACGGCAGCCGGCGACGGCUCCAGUAUUCUCUAGUCCUAGUAUUUGCAAUUGAUAAUUUCACAUGUUGCACUCUCAGACUGGGUUUGAUGUACAUGUGGACAGUUCUGUCAAGGCUCUCCAUUGCAAUCACUGCCAUGGUCUGGACUGUGAUUAGAAGAAGAUCAUGUUGAUCACUGGCUCUCAUUAUGAAUACUGUGAAUGUGUAUGUACUAUGUACAAACUCAAUCACAGUCUCACAGCUGCUAUUCUGGGACACAAGAUUUGGAAGAUUCUACUUAUUUCAUUUAAAAAGAUUUACGUUACUAUGGUUUAGAGCCGCGGCACAACGUGUGUACCGGUAUUCGUGACUAGAUUCACUCAGUUCUCUCAUAUCUUUUGCAGACACGGUGUUGCUGCUACUGCUGUUGCUGCUGCCACUGCCGAAGCCAUUGGGCUGCUGCUGUUGCACGUGGCUUUUUUUGGUCAAUUUCGUAAUUUUCCACAUUGCCUGUGCAUUGGAUCAAAAGUUUUUUUAAUGUAUAUUGCACUGGCAUCCACUGA